CUCCAGCAAAGAUCUGAACUGUGUUCUACAACCAGGUGUGGGAGCCCAUGGAGGGAAGGCAUUAGUGAGCAAGACAGCCGCCCUGCCUUCCAGCUUCAGCCUCCUGGUCCCCUGUCCUUGCCAGCACUUUGGAUGGGAAACGGGGGCCGUGUCUAGGUCAGCAUUUUCCUGCCUAUCCUAGACGGCCGCGUGCCUCUCUGCCUUUUACUCUGUAAAGCUUUGGUGACAAUUUCUACUUAACAGGUAUCUUCUGGCACAACCUGUGGUCCUCUUCCCUCUACAGGGGCCGCCAUUCCUCCUUCAGAAUGCCCGAGGGCCCAGAGCUGCACCUUGCCAGCUGUUUUGUAAAUGAGAUGUGUAAGGGGCUGGUGUUUGGCGGGUGUGUGGAGAAGUCCUCUGUCAGCCGCAACCCUGAGGUGCCCUUCGAGAGCAGUGCCUACCAUAUCUCAGCCUUAGCCCGAGGCAAGGAGCUGCGCCUGACCUUGAACCCCCUGCCUGGUGCCCAGCCCCCUCAGAAGCCACUGUCCCUUGUCUUCCGCUUUGGUAUGUCUGGGUCCUUCCAGCUGGCACCUGCAGAUGCCCUGCUGCCUCAUGCCCAUCUCCGUUUUUACACGGCCCCACCCGCCCCCCGGCUUACCCUUUGCUUCGUGGACAUCCGACGUUUUGGCCACUGGGACCCUGGGGGUGAAUGGCAGCCAGGCCGUGGACCCUGUGUCUUGCUGGAGUAUGAACGGUUCAGGGACAACGUACUUCGGAACCUGUCAAACAAAGCCUUUGACCGGCCCAUCUGUGAGGCCUUGUUGGACCAGAGAUUCUUCAAUGGCAUUGGCAACUAUCUUCGGGCAGAGAUCUUGUACCAGUCAGCAGACAGGCUGUGGGCACAAUGGCUGGGGUGGGGCAUGGGUGAUCACAUCCACUACUUAGCCUGGGCCCGUUCUACCAUCCCAGGCUGAAGAUCCCCCCUUUCGAGAAGGCCCGGACAGUUCUAGAGGCCCUGCAGCAGUCCCAGCUGGUGAGGACGGUGUACAAGCAUGUGUGUGUGUGUGUGUGUGUGUGUGUGUGUGUGUGUGUGUGUGUAUG